AUGGGAGGCGGAGUCGAUUCCUGUUUGGAAAGACAUGUAGCUGACAUUCCCGCUCCGGCUUCGGCUUGCUCUGAAACAGGAUGGAGAAUCAGACAUGCCCGCUCCGCCCAGGCAGAGGAUUUCCAAAUCUUCUUGUGCUCGAUUCCAUUGCCCUCUCUCUCACCUACAGCAGAUUCUUAUUACUGGCAGGUUGCUGAUGUGAGCACAAACUCUUUCUCUGCAAAGCUAACAUGGGAAGCGCUUCGUCCUCGUGGUCAGACUCAAGUUUGGUCAGACGUUAUCUGGUUUAAAGGUUCAACACCAAGCCAUGCAUUCAUGAUGUGGGUCGCUCAGCUAGACAGAUUACCAACUCGAUCAUGUCUGGUGUCAUGGGGACUUCAGAUUGCUGAUUGUUGCUGCAUCUGCAACACUUACCGGGAAACGCGAGAUCAUCUUUUCCUCAGAUGCUCUUACAGUGAACAUAUUUGGUCUGUCGUUACAACUCGGCUUGGGUACAGGCAGACACUCUUCCACACUUGGACAGCCUUCAUCUCUUGGUUAGACAUAAAGGACAACAUAUGCUCCUCCAUUCUUCGCAAACUCGUCUCUCAUGCCACCAUUUACAAAAUAUGGCAGGAGAGAAACAAUCGCCUUCACAACAACUCCACCACUCCGCCUCUAGUCCUCUUCAAGUCCAUUGACAGACUGAUACGAGACUCCAUAUUUGCGAGACAAAAACGCAAGAACUUUAAGAAACUGAUGCAAGCUUGGCUCAGAUAUGACUAA